CUUAGUUUGGCGGGAUUAUGUUGGCCGGUACAACCUCUUAUAACUUGGCUGAGUUUGACGAGAGCGUUGUUAGUAGCGUCCAGUGGACGCCAUCGAUCGGUUCUAGUUUGACGGGCGUUGGAUCAUGGAUGCAGUGCAGAGUAGUAAGCUAUGCGAUGGAAUCGACGCUCCCCGGUGGAUGUUCUGGAGACGUCGCCGGUACGUGGUGGUCCUGUUGGCCUUUCUCGGGUGCAUGGUGAUGUACACCAUGCGAGUUACGUUGAGCAUCGCAAUCGUGGCAAUGACCGAGAAUCGGACGGUUUCUCGGGGGAAUGACACCGUUGAAUACGUGCAAGCGUUCGACUGGAGUUCAUCGGUCCGAGGUCACGUGCUGAGUUCGUUCUUCUACGGGUACCUCGUAACGCAGGUUCCGGCUGGUGUUCUGGCUAAUCGAUUCGGAGCGACGAAUAUUGUUGGCACGGGACUGGGUAUUACGGCAGUUCUAACGCUACUGACUCCGCUGUCAGCGUACGGAGGUGUCGGCUGGCUCAUCGUCAAUCGAGUGCUCCAGGGGAUGGCGCAGGGGGUGACCAUACCCUGCCUGCACAUUGUCUGGUCUAAAUGGGCACCGCCGAACGAGCGAUCGCGAAUGGUUCUGUUCACCUUUGCCGGGGUGUUUGUUGGUACGAUCAUAUCGAUGACGUUGACUGGAUUCGUAGCGAAGCUGUGGAGUUGGGAGAGUGCGUUCUACAUCUUUGGAACGGCUGGUUGUGUGUGGUUUGUAGCUUGGUUUGCUGUGGUGCGACCUUCUCCGGAAAGAGAUCGCUUUAUCACGCUUCGAGAGAAGGAGUUCAUCCUGAAGAGUUUGGGGAUCGUUGAAGGAGUGCCGGAGAAGAUCAAGCACCCCUGGAAGGGGAUCCUAACCUCAAAAGCUGUCUACGCCACGAUAGUGGCCGGAUUUUGCCAGAGCUGGGGCUUUUACAAUAUGUUGACUCAGAUGCCUUCAUUCUUGAGGGACGCUCUCCAUUUCGAGGUCCAAUCAUCUGGAUCAAUUUCUGCCUUACCCUACGCAGCUAUGGGAAUCGCCCUAGGCUUAGCCGGCUACCUGGCCGAUUGGUUCCAGAUCCGGAACAUCCUAACAACCACCCAGGUCCGACGGAACUUCAACUGCCUAUCCUUCAUAACCCAAGCGGCGUUCAUGACCACGGGCGCUCUGAUCCUUCGAGCGGUCCCCACGAUCAUCUGCAUUACCGUGGCCAUUGCGAUGGGGGCGUUCGCUUGGUCCGGCUACGGAGUGAACGCGCUGGAUCUGUCACCGAAAAGUGCCGGAGUGAUCAUGGGGAUCGUCAACUCGGUCAGCACGUUGGCCGGGAUCAUUGCGCCCGUUGUGACAGGGUUGUUGACGAGCAACAAAACGGCCGACGAGUGGCGGUUGGUGUUCUUCAUUACGGCCGGGGUGAACAUGGUGGGAUUCGUGGUGUACUGGUUCUGGGCGUCCGGGGAACUGCAACCGUGGUCGAUCGAGGUGCAGGAACGGAAGAGGGUGGAAAAUGGAGCUGAUAAGAAGGGCUUCGACAAUAGAUUAAGUGUUGAAGAUUGAACUGUUUGUCAGAUGUUGUGGUUUAGGCUUUAGUUCAGUGAAUCUGUAAUUUAUUUAGUUACCACAAUAAACCUAAUUUGAACAA